AUGACAGCCACCGCGCACAUCCUACAGCACCUCCUCCCCCCUCGACUCCGCUUCCACGUGCUGCACGACGGCGAGGUGGACAGAACGUCGACCUCGAAAAGGACGGAUGGUGCCGCGCAGGGUGAAGCACCGGCGAACCCUGAAGCCCCAGCGCCUGUGGCGCGGCAGAUGAGCGGUUCGAGGAGCUCCGGGGACACGCAGCAGCUAUCGUACAAGCCGCAGGAGGAGCAGGUGUUUGCCGUGCUGUACCGCAAGGUGAAGCUGCGGUUUUUCUCCGUGCGGAGCGUUGAUAACAUGGCGCUCGAGGCAGACUGCCGGUGGAACACGUUCUGGGAUUGGCAAAUUAACUCUAUGAGCGUACGCAGGAGAGGGCGGGGGAGGCAGGUGGUGAUGGUGCGUAUCACGGAGGCGACACUUGUGGAUGACGAUGUGGAGGGAGAGGAGGGAGAGGAGGAGGAGGAGGCAUCGAGGUGGCGGUUGAAAAGCCGGCUUUGA